CGAUUGUUUACUUGUAUUGAAGCCGCAAAAUGAAUCGGUUUCUCGGCCUUCCCCAAUGUCUGUUGCAGCUUGAGUCGUCUUCCCAUUUCUCAAGGAAAGGACAUGCCGGAACAUUUGAACGCAGAGCCCGAAUUGCUUUUGAAACUUCUCUCGCACACAUCACCUCCAGGCUCUACUGGACCUGUGAUCGCCAUAGAUUUGGAUGAUGUUCUAUCUCAGACCAAUCGUGAAAUUUGUGAAUGGCAUAACGAAGUAUAUGGAACCAAAAUGGAACUUUCGGACUUCUACUAUUUUUAUUACUGGAAGAAUCCGUACUGGGGAAAUCUUCAAGAGACCUUCAGCAAGGUUAAAGACUUCUACGCCACGCAAAGAAUCUACGAUGCUCAACCCGUAGCGGGUGCGCGAGAAGGUGUUCAAGCUUUGCGAGACAUGGGCUUCCGGUUGAUUAUCGUCACCGCGAGAUCCCGAGAUGUACAAGAAGAUAGUUGGAAAUGGGUUGAUAAAUGGUUCCAUGGUGAGUACUUAGACUUAAUCUCCACCUGUGGUUCUCAGUUUACGGAUUUUCGUUUGAGGUUUGUUCGAUUCUGUUGUUUGUACCGGCCAAUUUACCGACGCAGAUACGAAUAGUCGAGAAGUUGUCACCAAACUCAGCAAAGCAGAAGUCUGUGAUGGCCUGAAUGCCAUCUUGUUGAUAGACGAUUCUUCUGAGAAUGCAUUGCAAGUUUCAACCGCCUCUCCACCGAUACGGCGAACUCCUGUGCUAUUAUUUGGAGACUAUGAGUGGAACUCGAGGUUAACAUCUGCAGCAGAUGCAAUCGACACGCGUUUCAGAUUGAGGGUGGUAAGGAGUUUUGGAAGGAGGAGAGAUUAGAAGAUCAUAUACCAGAAGGCACGCCGUUGCAUAGAGUAAAGGACUGGGCGGCGGUCAUUCGCUGGGUGAAGCAUGCAAAAGAGGAAGGAAGAUUAUAGAAAGCUCAUUCAAAUAGCGUCGUAUGCUAGCGUAUAAUUAAUAUAGCAAAACCGAGUUGUGGACAUUCCUUGUAGUGGUGAUAGUAAUAAACUAUUUUGGCAUCCAGUCUCGUCUCGGGAGCCGUCA